GUUAGACAGCCCCCAUCGCAUAUGUGCCCUCUCUGAGAGUGAAUUCUUGACAGGACCAGCCAGACAUGGCUUCGUGGCCUGAUGUAAAUCUGUCUUGUCAGUUGCUCCUUUGUUACCACUGAAAGGCUGACUGUGCACAUGUCCCACUUACCACAUAUUCAGUACCAAACAUAUAGCAAUACUUCAUAACUCCACGUGCCAUGACAGUACAGACAAUCCAACCGAAUGGCAAUGUUCAAUGGAACAAUGAUACCUCGCAAGGUGUACUUUGCACAAAACAUAUCACAAUAUCCCAGUGGUGAAUAUGGGGUCCAGGAUGCUGUGUUACAGCAACACAAAGCUAUUGUGUUGAGCAUGGGGAAGGGGUAUCCAUGCAGUGCCAAGGUCCCCGGCAUGCCCACAAGCCUGGCACAGCUGCAGGCAGUCAUUAACCUCGUCCCCUUUCCCUCCUCCCCCAGCACUCCGCUCUCCGUGCCCCAUGGGGGAUGCUCUCUGCAGGGCUGGCACUCCUGAUGCUUCCGGGAGCUGCGCUGGGCUCAGACUCCAAUCCAGACAACAACUCCGUGGCUGUGGUCUUCCUGGUCUUCCUGCUCCUGCUGCUGCUCCUGGUACUGGCCCUGGCCUGGCGCAAGCUGAGCCAUGAUUCAGACGGCAGGUAUCACCCACGCCACCUGUGCCAGCCACACCGCCUGCUGGGAGCCCUGGCCAGGCGCUGGCGUGAGCUGCAAGGGCAGGUGCCCCCUGAGAGGCACUGGCAAGGCAAGGACGACGACGAGGAUGAGGACGAGGAGGAGGAGGAGGAGGACAAGGAGACCCUUCAGCGGGAUGAGGAGGAAGGUGGAGGAGGGCAGGAACAGCAGAGCGAGGAGGAGGGCACUGCUGUGCCAGAGGGGACCCUGCCCCGCGAUGCCCCUGAGGGAGCCCUGGAAGAGGGAGGGGAGGCAGAGGGUGCCAGCGCCGGGGGCCUGCUCAGCGACCUGCACUCCUUCUCCGGGACAGCUGCCUGGGAGGACAGCACCGCGGAGGGAGGCAGCCGCCAGCAUGUCACUGCCCUCUAGGGGAGCUGAGGGAAGGACACAGACUACAGGGGGGGAAAUGUAGCCCCCCACUUGCUCACUGGGGAGCAACUGCAGGUGAACAACUGCUCCCAGCCCCCCCGCAAGGAGCUGGGAUGAACUGCUCCCCACACCCCACCCCUCCCUGCAGAGCUCUCCACCCCUCGCCAUGGGGCUGCAUGGGGCCCCCUGCACCCCACCUCUCCCCCCACACACACACCAGGAGAGCCAGCCCAAGCAGAGCAGGGAGCGCCCCCUUCCCCCCAGACUCUGCAUUGACUCUAGCAUUCCUCCUCCCCCACCCCCACUGCCUGCACCAGGAUAUGGGGUGUGACACCAUAACAUGAGGGCGUGGCUCCACUCCCACUGGGGAGCUGCUGAUUAGCCCACAGGCACCGCUACAGGCACCAAUAAAGGGGCAGCAUUGCUCAUAA